GCCCCGGCCCGGAGGAGUAGGAAGGGCCCCACCAGUCGGGGAUCUCUCAGACAGGAGCUGCUUAACCUGAAAGUCUCCGACAAACUCAACCAGCUGAGAGGGUCCCGGCCAGGGACACGAGCGGACUCCGAAGCCAGUGAUGACGAAGCAGCCAGUGAUGUCCUCAGUCACUGCAGCAGUGCGAGUGAGACUGUUAGCGUGGCAGAGGAGGGGUCAGGCGGCGACGCACCGGACCUGCAGUCCUACCAGGAGCAGCGGGAAGAUAAGCUGAAAGAAGAUAUCGACAAUCUGCUGGACAGGAGUGUAAAGACGAGGCUUACAGCGCUGGGGAACCUGCGUGUCGCCCUGUCCUCCCAGGUCCUCGGAGAUUUCUUGCUGGAGAGGAGAGUGACGCUCACGGAAGCUCUGGAACGUUGUCUGAAGAAAGGUAAAGAGGGGGAGCAAUCUCUGGCCGCCACAUUGGUGUCUCUCCUCUGCAUCCAGCUGGGAUCCGGAUCCGAGGGCGAGGAAGUCUUCCACAGCGUCAAGAGCCUAAUGAUCAGCAUCCUGACCGACUCCAGCUCCGGAGCGUCCGCCCGACAAAGCUGUGCUACCGCACUGGGGAUUUGCUGUUACAUCGCUGCUACAGAUGAUGAGGACUUGGCUUCCAGUCUCAUCUGUCUGGAGGGCAUCUUCACCUUGUUGUAUUCUGAGAAUAACAGCAGUGCGGCGAAUCUGCAGGGCCUGGUGUGUUGUGCCAUUCAGUCCUGGGCGCUGCUACUGACCAUCUGCCCCGCCAGCCGGAUACAGAAGGCGCUGGAAAGCCACCUCCCAUACUUCUGCGGAGUCCUGUCCAGCGAGAACGUCAGCCUGCGCAUCGCCGGCGGAGAAAGCCUCGCCCUCCUGUACGAGCUGGGCCGCGAUUUGGAGGAGGACUUUGAGUACGAUGAUGUGGACGCUCUGUGUGUGACGCUAAAAGCAUUAGCCACCGACAGCAACAAAUACCGCGCCAAAACCGACCGCCGCAAACAGCGCUCCAUCUUCCGAGACGUCCUGCACUACAUUGAGAAUGCGGAAUACCAAGAUGAGACGAUAAAGUUUGGUUUGGAAGUCAUGUAUGUGGACAGCUGGGUGCGUCGGAGGACGUACAGCGCCUUUAAGGAAGCCCUGGGAUCCGGAAAUUCGCUAUCACUUACAGCACAAUGAAGUUCUGCGAGACAUCUUCUCUCUGGGGGCCCCGCUCAUCCUGGACGCUGCAGCCAUCAAAGCAAGUAAAAUCUCCCGGUAGAAAAGCAUUUGUUCAACUCCGCUGCCUUCAAGGCGAGAACUAAAGCCAUGAGCCGUGUCAGGGACAAACGAGCGGACAUCCUAUAG